UGUCGACCGAGUAAGACGUGUGUUGCGGACUUCUCUCGUGGACGAUGGUGUGUUGUUGAGUAUUUAAUAUUAUAAGGCUCACUUGUUUUACAAUUUAAUAUUCUUGUCUUCUCCAAGAAUAAUUACAAGCAGUAAUAAAAACUUACCUGCUUGUGGUAUCCAGGAAUUAUUCUUUACACAACUGACGGAAGUGUUUACUUUGAGUGAGCAUUAAUGUUUCAGAUAAAUGAUAAUAACAAAGAGGAUAUAUUGUAAGUGUAUCACAAGAAAGCAACGGGAAGAAGUCUGGUGAAGCAUCAGCUUAGUGAGGACGUCAGCUUACUCUACAGUGAAUGAGAAAUUUCUACAUAUCACUGGCAUCCCAGGAGUGAAGAGUGGGUGAAACAUCAGAGACGGAGGCGAUGAGAUUACGCCCAGAGGCUCGCUGCACCAGCACACACUACCUGCAGCCUCCCUCUGAUUUGUUUCUGGCCUUUGACGCUCCGGAUGUGUGAGGAGGAAGGAUACUCUUUUAUCACGCUGGUGCGUUGAGGCGAGAGCAGUGAGCCGACCUUCCGAGCGCAGUAACCCACAAGAGAAACGGGGAAUACGUCUAUGAGCGAAAUCGAUGGCGGCUGGAGGAUAGAGCGGCAUCAUUCCCUUCAGUGACGCCCUCCUUGAUACUCUGCUGACCCAGGAAGCAGGCAGGCAAACACACACAGGCAGAUAGACGCCUCGCCACACUGUCAUCUUCCUCCUCUCUCUCUCUCUCUCUCUCUCUCUCUCUCUCUCUCUCUUCUAUCUCUCUCUGUCUAUCUCUCUCUCUUUCUCUCGACCCUCAGCUUGAGAGGGGCCAUCGUGUGAGGACCCAAGUGUUGUGAGUGUGUGUUGAUGGCGCUGCCGCCACCUCCUUCCUGCCGCUCCACGCUGCCACCGUCCUAACAUCCCUGACCCUUGUCUUAUGAAGGAGCCACGCAGUAUUAUCCUCGAGCUACACGUUCAAUAGCUAUCUGUAACGUUUUCCCAGUGACAUCUGAUGAAACAAUUGACCCAGCAUGUUGGCACGUCAUAGUAGACGCCAUUGAAGACGUAUGUUGCAGUGUGAGAAUUCGUAGCUCAAUAUAUUGCCUAAUAUUAUAUCGCUGUUGUUGUUGGUUGAACUUAACUUUUGGGGAUUUUAAGUAAUCGGUGUUAAUUUAUAUGUAAUAUAGAAAAAAUCUGGAUUUUAAUUUGUUUUUAUGUAUACAUCAGUAUUUCAUAUUAUAUUACAUCGUAAAUUCUUGUUAACGUUUUGAAGUUUGUGUUUGGCAGUGUAUAGUGAUGUGUGAUCCGUGAAGUUGGUGCCGGGAAACACCGAUCAUCUGUGAUACUGAAACCAAAUGUUUGAUAAGAAAUUUAUAUUUAAAAUAUCCGACUCAGUGUACAGAAAUAUAGUCCUGUGCUGCAAAAUUCUUGUAACAUUCCCGUCUAAAGUUGUAGAAAAGGAGAGAACUGCAACAAUUUAAAGUCAUUAUUUAGGCAACAAAAAUUUUUGGAAAACCCGGACGUCCAUCGACAGACGGCGCGAAGAAUUAUUAUGGAAAUUGGUGCUUAGUCACGAGGAAGGACAGUUAGACCACGAUUUAUGGGCAAGUUCUCAAAAGGAGAGAGCAGGGAAAGUUUACGACUUGCACCUUUUCAUUGUUUUAUGGUUCUCAAGAUUCGUGGGACUGAAGACUUAACAGCAAAAUCAAAUGCUGUAAGGAGCGCCUAAGAGCUUCUAAGAAUAUUACUUUGAAUUCAAAAAGGAUUUUUAUAAGCCUUGAGAUGGCAGUGACAAGUGAAGAUUGAAUCUGGUGUGCAGAUCGCUGUUCCUUCUACAUGGUGCUGUGAUUCUGCCUGAGCUGCCUGCUGAUAACGCAGCUGACACAGCAUAUUGAGGGUCAACACUACCCGUGGGCCACUCCAGCCAACGCCCUGUUGAUUCAUCACUGUAUCAACACAUCAAAUUGUAUUCCAUUUUGUCACGAAAGUCAUAUUGGUCUUAAAUACUGAGUAACCUAUGGACUAUGUUAGUCCGUUAAUUGAGAGAGUCAUAUCCUCCUCUCGCAUCAUUAGUGUUAAAGGUAAUCCAGAGUAACAGUUUAACGAGGAAUAUUAAGGCUGGAACCAUUAGUUGCCACUCACUGAUGUUUAUUUAAUGAGGAAUUUGACCAAGUCAUCAUUUAUCACUCGACUGUCUGUACACCGUGAAGUUGCAGCAUUUAACUUGACUCGUUGAAGUGACAGUAAUCACACUUCAGUACUUCGGCAUAGCAUAGCCUCGUGCUCAACAGUCAAAGAUUCGAGCCUCCACUAAUACUUGUGCUGUAUGACCCAAAGGAGUUUAGCGCUUCACAAGAAGUAAUAAGUCGGAAAAGCGGUUUAAAUAUUGAAUGCUGAAGAGUAUUUUAUUUUCACUGGAUUUAAAAAUGCUAAGGCUGGUUAUACAUACGACGUAAAUGUCCGUAGAGAGUGACAGAAUAUCGUAGCGUUGACAUUGAUGAUCGUCUAGCCUAAAUAACAUUUUCAAGACGCUUAUCUCAAACUUUCAUUCUAAGAUUUAAAUCAGCUAUCGGUGGCCUACCACGAAUAGUGAUAGUCUUCUUGUGCUUAGAGAAUAUUGAUAAAUCAGAAGCCUGAGUGUGUGUGUGUAUCAGUAGUGACGUGAUAAAGAUUUAUUUUAGAGAAUUUCAAAAUUGGAACAGACAAAAUUAUUAAUAGAAAACAGACUUGUGAGAGUGAAGGCUCACGAGAGCACCAGGUAGCCACAAUGGUUAAGAUGGUCCCUCGCCGCGGGUGGCUGCGGCUCUCGUUUCUGGGCCUGCUCGCCGCUUGCGCCCUGGUGUAUGUGUACUACUACUCUUCGGGCACUCCUAACUCCCACCUGCUGAAGGAUAAGCCGCAGGAGGCCGCCAGGGGAACAGGGGCUGAGCGGAGGGCAGAGAGGCAGAGUGAGGUCCAGGAUGACGGUCCUGGGCAGUCCGUCCCUGCCCACCAGUGCCGGGCCAUCAUGGCUCCCAAGACAGAUGUCAACACCGUCGACCAGUUCCCCAAGUUCGAGUUCCAGCCAGCGUGGAUGCGUGGCAAGGAGUUCUGGGACACGAACUUCGAGAAGCGCUACCUCAAGAGGCGAGCUAAGUGGAAAAAGCUGCCACUUAAGGUGUUUUUGAUGCCGCACUCUCACAAUGAUCCUGGAUGGCUCAAGACCUACGAGGAGUAUUAUUUCCACCAGACCAGCAAGAUCCUUCAGAAUAUGAUAGAGAAACUCAGGUUGCACACCAACAUGACCUUCAUAUGGUCAGAAAUUUCCUUCCUCUCUCUAUGGUACGAAAGAGCGCACCCGACGCUGAGGCAGCAGUUGAAGGAGCUGGUGUCGUCGGGCAGACUGGAAAUAGCUACGGGUGGCUGGGUCAUGACGGACGAGGCUAAUGUUCACCUCUACGCCAUGCUUGACCAACUUAUUGAAGGUCACCAGUGGUUGUCUAAUGUUCUAGGAGUACAGCCAGUCAGUGGUUGGUCCGUUGAUCCUUUCGGACAUGGUGCGGCAGUGCCGUACUUACUUCAAGAAUCAGGAGUGAAGGCUACUGUCGUUCAGCGGAUACACUAUGCAUGGAAACAGUGGUUAGCUGAACAGCAGCUCGGAGACUUUCAGUGGAGACAAGUGUGGGACUCUGCAGGAGAUAAUGAUAUCCUUUGUCACAACCGCCCUUAUGAUAUCUACUCUAUCAAACAUUCCUGUGGCCCUCAUCCUCAGAUCUGCCUUGGAUAUGACUUCCGCAAGGUUGGCCAUUAUAGAACUCUUAUUGUGAAUUUUUAAAGCUCUUUAAAAUAUAUAUAGAACUUUUUUAAUGUAAAG